AUGGCAGAUAAAACAAUAACAAAAAUUCUUAUAUUUGGUGGAAAUGGUUUUUUGGGUGGAGAAACAGUAGUGGAACUUUUAGCAUUGAAUACAUUUGAUAUUACACUUAUAAAUAGAGGCAAUUGGAAAAAUUAUGAUUCCAAUAUUCGUAUUCGACCAUUUGUUAAAACAAUUAAUAUUGACAGGGAGUCAUCAACUGCAGUUGAACAACUUCGUUCAUCAAUUGGUGACGAACAUUUCGAUGCCGUCAUUGAUUUUAGUGCAUAUGAUAGUGAUGUUGUUAAAGAUGCAUUAAAAGUUCUUGAAAAUCAAAUUAAACUUUACAUUUAUAUUAGUACAGAUUCUGUUUAUGAAGUUUGUCUACCAUCGUCAAAUGAUCUUUCCAGUGAAACAGAUAGUAUUCGACCAACAACUACUGAUGAGUAUGAACGAUUACGAAGAAAAGAUUCAUAUGGUCAUAAAAAAUUAAAAAUUGAAGAACGUUUAUUACAUUGGCAAUCACUAUCAAAUAAUAAUUGGUCAUAUGUUAUACUUCGUCUUCCUGAUGUACUUGGUCCACGUGAUUCAACAGAUCGUUGGUGGUUUUAUCAAAUGUGGAUACAAUUUUAUUUAUCUAUACAAAAACCAGUUGAAAUAUCAACACAUCUUCGUUCAUCAUAUGUGUAUGUUAAUGAUGUUGCACGUUAUAUAACAUAUAUACUUUCAAAAACAUUUCAUGAUUCAUCAACAAUAUUUUUUAAUCAAAUACUUAAUAUAGCUUGUAAAGAAAUCAUAUCAAUUAAUGAUUUAUUUACAUUAAUAAUCGAUGAAUUAAAUUUAAAUUUUUUAAAUAUACCAAUAAAAUAUAAUCCGAAUAGUGAAAUAAAUUUUUUUCCAAGUGUAACACGUGGUGGAGUAAAUAUAUCAAAAGCAUUAUCAAAUCAAUUUAAUUGGAAACCAACACCAAUAAAACAAGUUAUUCGUGAAACUAUUCAAUGGUAUAAUGAUGCAUAUGGACAAUAUCCAAAUGAACGUUCAUAUAUGAUUAAACGUAUUCGACGAACGUUAUUAAAAAAUGAUGAAAAUGCUUAUGGAAAAUUUCUAUUUGAUGUUAAUCAAUAUGCUACACAAAGUACAAUUAAACGUAAACGAGAAGAAGAAAAAAAAAUUGUUGUUGUUGAUCAAAUAACUAUCAAUUCAGAUCAUGGUGAUUAUAGACAAGAAAAACUUUUUAAACAUAAUGAAAUGUAA